AUGUACAGAGAGUUCAUCGAGCAUCCGAAGAUGGCAGGCAUCAGAAGUCGAACCAUCUGGGUGAACAUCGAUGUGCCGGGUCAAGGUCAGAAUGAACCAGAUCUACCUGCUGACUAUCAGUUCCCAUCAAUGCAACAGAUUGGAGAGGACCUCGUUCACGUCUUGAAUCAGCUUAAGUUCAAAGAGGUCAUAUGUCUUGGAGAAGGUGCCGGAGCUAACAUCAUUGCAAGAUUUGCUAUGGCGCACAUAGAGAGGGUCCUUGGUAUUGUUCUGAUGCAUGCCACCGGUACCACAUCGGGUCUCUUCGAGUCCAUCAAGGAUAAGUUACUGAGUUGGAAGCUUGACCCAAUUAAAGUGAACCAAUCGGCUGAGAGUUAUCUGGUGCUGCAUAGAUUUGGAGGGUUCUCGAAGGCUUCUGACAAAGAUGAGUUAAAGACUAUCAUUGAGGGCUACCAGGAGAUGUUGAGAACGAGGACCAACGCCAAAAACCUGAAGAUGUUCGUGGAAAUGUUCUUCAACCGAUCGAGCCUGACUGAGAGUAUCAAGAAGAUCACAUGUCCAAUCCUGCUGGUGACGGGACAGCAGAGCAUCUUCAACGGCACGACACGCAGCCUCCACCAGGCCAUCAUGAAGGAGUGCAAGGACAAGACCAAGGUCGAGUUCAUCGAGGUCGCUGGUGUCGCCAAUGUCCUCGAAGAGAAGCCAGAUAAGCUGAUCGAAUGUUUCCAAUAUUUCCUGCAAGGACUUGGCGUCGGUGAGUUGUUGGAUGGAUGGAUUGAUGUUUGUUUGUCUCCUCCACGCGGUCGUUCGAUGAGCAUGCAGGAGUACGACCUGCCACUGAGGCAGCGUCUCUUCAGUGCCCAGCUCUCCAGCACACCCCCCAUCUUCGAUGCACCUAGCUGUGACUCCGCGGAGAACAGCACCGACCCUAACUCACCUGCAAACAGUCCCGUUGGAUCGCCUGCCUCCGGCGGCGGUGUGGGCCAGCCACAGCAGCAGCUACUUUCCACGAGUAACUAA